AGAGGGAUCGGGAUCCAGAGAGGGAAGGAAGGAGAGAGAGAGAGGGAUAAAGAGAGAGAGAGAGAAGCUAAACAGGUGGUGUGAAAACACAGACAACAAUGUCGUCCGGCGGGGAGAAGCGGGACGGGAUUUAGUCCUCAUUUUCCCGGCAGGAAAACCGGGAUAACCUCGGGCAACAACAACAAACCCUCCAUGCUCCCGUGCGCUUCCCUCUCGGAUUUGUCCUCCUCGUCUCGGCUUUGCUCCGAACCUGGGCAAGUCCUCGGAGCCUGAGCCAUGAAAGUGACGGUAUGCUUCGGCAGGACCCGGGUGGUGGUUCCGUGCGGGGACGGGAACAUUAAAGUCCACGCACUCAUCCAGCAGGCUGUCAUGCGCUACAAGAAGGCGAUCGCCAAGGAUGCAAACUACUGGCUGCAGGUCCACCGACUGGAGCACGGCGACGGCGGGAUCCUCGACCUGGACGAUGUGCUCUGUGACGUGGCUGACGACAAAGACAGACUGAUCGCCGUCUACGAUGAGCAGGAGCCCCAUCACGGCGGCGACGGCACCAGCGCCAGCUCCACCGGGACGCAGAGCCCCGACCUGUUCGCCACAGACCUCGGCGCCGGCAGCGUCGCCUCGGCGUUCCAGCCCUACCAGAACGCCAGCGAGAUCGAAGUCACGCCUUCGGCCCUGCGCACCAAUAUGCCUCUCCACGUCCGGCGCAGCAGUGACCCCGCCCUGAUCACCAUCAACGGGCCGUUCAGCACCUCGGAGCUGCGGGUCCAAACCGAAGAUCCUCCAUCCAGGAAGAACCCGACUCGCUGGUCCACCACUGCCGGCUUCCUGAAGGCUCGCCAUUCCUCCGGCACAAACAGCCUGGAGAGGAAGAGCAAAGGUUUGGACACGUACCGCAGCCUGCCGAGGGACGCAGGGACCUGGUCCAAUCAGAGAGAGUUUCAGAGAGACACAGCCAGGUCGUCGCUCAGCGCCAACCAUCCCAUGGUCGACCGCUGGCUGGAAAAACAAGAGCAGGAGGAGGAGAGCAGGGAGGAUGAGAACGGGCGAAUCGAGCCGGUUGGCCGAGCCGACUCCUGCAUGGAGCACACCCCUGUCAGAUCUCUGGAAGACAUUGUGAAACUGGUGGAGGUGUCAAACGACGGCGGGCCUCUGGGGAUCCACGUGGUGCCUUUCAGUGGCAGGGACCGCAGGACUCUUGGCUUGUUGGUCAAGCGUCUGGAGAGGGGAGGGAAGGCCGAGCACCAGGGCCUUUUCCAGGAGAACGACUGCAUCAUCCGUAUCAAUAACGGAGAUCUGCGAAACAUCCGAUUCGAACAAGCACAGAACAUGUUCCGCCAGGCCAUGCGUUCCCCGGUCAUCAUGUUCCACGUGGUGCCGUCGUCCAUGAAGGCCCACUACGAGCAGCUAUCGCACGCCGAGAGGAACCCCUCGUUUUCCUCGGGACGCUUCAGCCCAGACUCGCUGUCCGGCGUCGAUCACAACCCGCAGAGGAUGAACCGCCACGGAUCCCAAACGCAGACCCACCCGGACCCAAACAACGGAUACCCACACCUGACCCACCCUGCCGUCAUGGCGGCCAAACCUCCCACGGGCCACACCCACUCACCUCAGAGGGGGCUGAACUCCACGCCCACGCCAGGAUACACCAAAAAAGUGGGGAGGCGGUUUAACAUUCAGCUCAAGAAAGGCCCAGAGGGACUCGGCUUCAGCAUAACGUCGCGUGACGUCCCCAUCGGCGGCUCCGCUCCGAUCUACGUCAAGAACAUUCUCCCCCGGGGGGCCGCCAUCCAAGAUGGCCGCCUCAAGGCCGGAGACCGGCUGCUGGAGGUGAACGGCGUGGACCUGAACGGCCGGACGCAGGAGGAGGUCGUCUCGUUGCUCAGGAACACUCCGAUGGGCGGCGCGGUGGGGUUGCUGGUUCUACGCCAGGAAGACGCUUUCCCACCCCGAGAAGUGAGCGCUGAACCCCAGAAGCAAUCCCACAGAGACCUGAAAGCGGAGGAGGAUGAACUGGUCCUGACGCCCGAUGGGACCAGAGAGUUCCUGACCUUCGAGAUCCCGCUCAGCGACUCGGGUUCUGCAGGUUUGGGCGUCAGCGUGAAAGGCAACCGCUCCAAGGAAAACCACGCAGAUCUCGGCAUAUUUGUCAAAUCAAUCAUAAACGGUGGAGCAGCCUGCAAGGAUGGACGACUGAGGGUGAACGACCAGCUGAUUGCGGUGAACGGCGAAUCGCUGUUGGGGAAAACCAACCAAGACGCCAUGGAGACGCUGAGGAAGUCGAUGUCAACAGAAGGCAACAAGCGCGGGAUGAUCCAGCUGAUAGUGGCCCGACGAGUGGCCAAGAGCAACGAGGAUUCUUCAGGAAACCCGUUGGGAUCCCAGCAGACCGUAAACACCAGUCUGGAUGAUCACGAGCGCAGGAUCUCCCACUCCCUCUACGGUGGCCUGGAAGGCCUCGAUGACAACUUGAUGCCACGUCAAGGAAUGAUUCCACGCACAAUAGGAAACUAUCAGCUCUCUCCGACCGUCAACAUGCCGCAGGACGACACCGUGAUCAUCGAGGACGACCGCCCGCCGCUCCUGCCGUCCAACAUGUCGGACCAGUCCUCGUCCAGUUCCCACGACGAUGUGGGCUUCGUGGCUGAUGUGACGCCGCCGUGGGCCAAAGAGCUGCCUGCUCACAACGAAAGCUCUGUGAGUCCAGAUGAAAACGAUCCGGACGUCUCGUUCCAAAGGGAAGGUUUCGGACGCCAGAGCAUGUCGGAGAAACGCACCAAGCAGUUCGGAGACGCCGCUCAGCUCGAGAUCAUCAAGACACGCAAGUCCAAGAGCAUGGAUCUAGUAGCCGACGAGAUUAACCUCACUCCUCGUCCCGACACCGACGCAGGUUCUUCCACUAAGGACGUUGGACCUUCACUGGGCCUCAAGAAGUCCAGCUCUCUGGAGAGCCUGCAGACGGCGGUAGCAGAGGUCACCCUGAACGGUGACCUCCCGUUCCACCGACCGCGCCCUCGCAUCAUCAGGGGGCGGGGCUGCAACGAGAGCUUCCGGGCCGCCAUCGACAAAUCCUACGACCGGCCAGCCGCCUUGGAGGACGACGACGAGGGCAUGGAGACUUUGGAGGAAGACACGGAGGAGAGUUCCCGAUCUGGGAGAGACUCCGUCUCCACCAUGGCGGACCAGACGCCGCUGUCCGCCGGCCCCGAAAAGCCUCUGGUCAACGGCACCAACCGCACCAAGGAGGAGAAGAAGAAGGACAAAGACAAACCGGGGAAGGAGAAGAAGAAACAAGAUGGAGGGAAAGAAAAGGAAAAAGAGAAGGGAAAACCAAAGAAAGGAAUGCUGAAGGGACUUGGAGACAUGUUCAGGUUUGGGAAAUACCGAAAAGAUGAGCGGCCAGCGGAGAAGAUGGACCGGAAAGGAUCGAGCAAGUGGAGGUCCGAGGAGACUCAGGUUUCUGAUGAGGAAACGAUGAAGAUGAGGAUGGAGCAGGAGAGGAUUCAAGCCAAGACGAGGGAGCUGAGGGAACGCCAAGCCCGGGAACGGGACUACGCGGAGAUCUUGGACGUCAGCCGCCCGUUGGAUAGAUCCUCUGAGGAGGAUCACACCUACUCCGGCGUGAACCCUCUGAACAUGGACAGCGGUCACAGCCGGGCCCACAGCCCCCGUGACGAAUAUUCUCACGUUCAUCACCAGCACCAGCACUCUGACUCUCUCUACUCGCCGGUCAGCCGGGCCCGAAACGACCGGCCUCCAUCCACAGACAGCAACCGGCUAACUCCUAGCAAUCAUGACCGGAUACAGAGGCUGCGGCAGGAGUUCCAGCAGGCCCAGAACAUUCCCGACGACCCGGACGACCGCAGGAGGACCUACAGCUUCGAGCAGUCCUGGUCCAACGCCAGCAGCAACGGUCCGGGCGGGUACAGCCAGCCGGGCCGCCACUCGGUGUCGGUGGAGGUCCAGAUGCAGAGGCAGAGGCAGGAGGAGAGGGACUCGUUCGCCCAGGCGCAGCGGCAGUACAGCUCUCUCCCUCGACAACCCAGGAAGAAUCCCAGCACCGUCUCCCAGGACUCCUGGGACAAGGCGUACCCACCUGGCGACGUCUUCCAGACGGCCAAAGACAACCCCCGGUACUCCAGCUACCAGGGCUCCCGGAACGGCUACCAGGGCGGCGGCGGGGGAGGAGUGAACGCUAGAGUCCUGCUGGAGGCCCAGGAGCUGCUGCGACAGGAGCAGAGGCGCAGGGAGCAGGAAGCCAAAGGAAAAAUGCUACAGGAAGGCAGCGGGAACAGCGCCUACGACGGGUACAUCCCCCACCUGAAGGAGCCGGGGUCGCCGAAGGGCCCGGGGUCGCCGAAGGGCCCGUACCGACACGACGUCCCGCCUUCGCCGUCGCAACUAGCUCGGCUCAACAGACUGGGGUCAGAAAAGGGAAGACUUUUUUAUUCUUGAAAAAUAGCAAAGUAGCAUCAGAACGCAGACAACGGACUACUUAGCGGAAUUAUAGCUUAGCGACUAUCUUAAAGGCAUGCGGGUGAUUGAUGACCCGCACCAACUAUCAGUCACUCACCAACAACCACCAGACGCCCCGGUGCCUUGUCCACCCUCGUCGCCGUCACGAACCGACAAUCAGGCAGAGGAGUGGGCACGAAUGACGCGUUUCAACUGCCGUUUUUCAGGUACCUUCAAAAAGCUAACUCCUCUGAAGGAGAGAGCAAUCCAGCUGCCGUUUUUCAGUUAGCUUCGGAAAGCUAACUGCUCUGAAGGAAAUAGCGUUCCAACUGCCAUUUGUUCCGUUAGCUUCGGAAAGCUAACUGCUAUGAAGGAAUGAAAACAGGCCAGAGAGAAAGAGAGUGUGUGCGUGCGUGUGUGUGUUAUUAAUAAAAGCCCUCCUCAUAAAUGAUUCAUAGUUUGUGUUAUCUCCUUGGAGGAGAGUCAGGCAGAGAGGGUAGGCAUCUCUGAUCCUCUAGCCUGGCCCCUCAGCGCAGCGCUGGGCUCCGGUCGCCCGCCUCCCUGCCUGUCUGUCUGGAGCUCCAUCUUCUCCUUUCAGUCUUUCUCUCUCUGUUCAUUACGCUCCUUUCUUCUACCUCAACACCUCCAUAUUCACCCCCGCCUCUUCCUCCUCCUCCUCUCUCCCGAAUCGGCGCUCUGCACUGAAUUUUUCAUCAGAAGCCACCUGCUGCCUGCCGAAGCCAGAAAAAUGGCGCCACCAGAGGCUCCGACAGAGGGCCCGGCUUCUGACACGACGAGCCGAAUAAAAGGAGGCAGAAUAAAGAUCGGUUGGGAAACAAUGUCGCUCCCAGUGUGAAAUUAGCAGCAGCCCCUUUAUGCUGGUUUUUAACAAAAGGCAAAAUUGUCCUCCGGAGUUAAUUGCUCCAAAUUGCCAUAAUUGCUUUUUGUGUGUUUUUUUUGUGUGUUUUUAUACCUUUUUAAGCAUUUAGCAGACACUCCUCGCUGCAGUGAUUUUAAAUAGAGGCAGCAGGUGGGUGUGGGGGGAGCAGCGCAUCCUGCUUUUAAAAACAGCAGUCGAGAAAUGAACAGAAUGCUGCUGGAUUACAAAGAGCAGGUUGGAAAACAGCAGGAAGCGAGUAAAAAACAGAGUUUCUUAAUGCAGAUGGGCAACUCAAGUUGUGAGUUUGAUUCUGAAACAGCAACAGUGGAGGUUGAUGCAGUCGCAUUUAUGGCUCUCAGCUGGGAAAGUAAAUUUAAAAAGUAUGUACACCCCUUAAAGAUGAUUUUGUACUUUGAGGGGUGGCAAAAGCAAAUGAGGUGGAUUAGCACCUGAUGGAAUAACAACCCCCUUGUUUAAUUACUCCCAUAAUUAAACAUGAUCAUAAAACAUGGUGGCCUGACAUUAAACUGAACUAUACAAACUCAAAAUGUCAAUUGGUAAAAUAAUAAUUAAUGUUUAUAUUUUUUCCAAAAGUAUAAACAUUUCGUAAACAGCAAAAUUGAUUAAUCAAUCAAUGAGUUAGUUUUUUUCCUUGUUAGUGCUCUUAACCCCUAAAUACAUUUUUCUCAAUAAAACUCAAAUUUACCUUACUGUUUUAUAAACUUUAAUUUGAAUAAAGUUCAGCAUUUGUGUUGAACUUUUCUUAAUUGUCAAAUUAGCUAAAAAUUAUUCAAUUAGUUAAAUGUUUAUAGUCAUGCUUUGAUUUUGAAGGGGGUGAAGACAGUUUAACCAGCUGUUCCAUUUCCUGUUCUCACUUCUGUCUUUUUAACAAAAUAAAAUGUACAGAAUAAGAUAUUCAAUUGGUUCUCCAGGGUAGAUAUCAUUUGAACUGAGGUUAGCGCAUUAGCAUUAGCUUCUGCUAAAUAUGGUGUUGCUUAGCUGAACUAAUGUUCACAGUUUGUGCUUCAGCGUUAGCUCGUCCAAUUUUAUGGCUAGCGAUGCCCGCCACUACUCUGCUAGGUUUCGUGAUGCAAAAAAUUUAACUCAGAUGAAUAAUUUCAUAAUUUUUCCCACCUUUACACUUCAAAAACUCAAAAUACUAUCAAGUAUUUUUAAGUUGCUAGUGAAAAUUUCUUAGUACACUUGAAAUAGGACAAAACUUUUCAGCCAGAAAAAGUAGUUUGUUUUAAGUAAAUAAUUCUUGAAUUUAGAUAAACUAGUUUUAUCAAGACAGUUUUCCUGUGUUACUGAAAAAUCUGCCAAUGACACUAGCAUCUAUAUUCAUGAAUUAUUGACUUAAAACAAUCUUAUUUAUCUUGCUGAAAAGUUACUUUUAAGUCAUAAGUUCACAAAUAUAUUUGCACUAGAAACUUGAAAAUAUUUGGUACGAUUUUGUGUUUUUACUGUGUAAAUUGUCCUUUAUCCAGUUCAGUCCACAAAAUAACCUUUAACUUUUCUAAAACACAUUUGAACACAGUUUUACUCCAAAUUACGUAUGUAUUCUGAUUAAGGAUAUAUAUUUAAAGGUCAGGUCCACUGCCGGGAUAUUUCCAUCAUCUUCUCAUUUGUCAGCUAAAAGCCAAAGUUUGGAGAGAUAAUAAAAAUGUCAGAUGGAUGUCAGAGCACAAAGGACUAUAAGAAAAUGUACAGCAAUAUCUAUUGACUGUGCCAAUUGGAGAAGAUAUGAAAACUGAAUAUUUAUUCCCAAAAAAGAGUUUUUUGUCAAGUAAUAAGCUAUAAAUAAUCCAAAAUGUCAGAAAGUUUGGUUCAAACCAAAGAGAGACUAAGUUUCUGUUUGUGGCUCACAUUUAAAUGAUUUAAUGUGGAAAGCUGCUGGGUUCAGCCCUCAGGCUGGAUGCUGCAAGGACCACAAGUGACACUGCAUUGAUCUCCUGUGUGUUAGCGUCGGUAAAAACCUGGAAAAAUUUAAUUACAAGCUUGGUUUGUAGCGUCUGGAGGUGGUAAUUUUAUUAUUAUUAUUCCCGGCAGCUUGGAAAAUGCUGAUGGGCACAUUUUCUGCUCCAGGACAAAAAUAAUAAAUUAGUUUCAGAGGAGCUGGAGUGCAAAACUGACCGUAACUAGCUAACAAGCCAGAUGGAGGUCCACCAUUAAAUGAAUAAAAGCUGCAAAAUGGAUGAAAAGAUCAGAUUUUAUCAAAAUGAGUCUUCUACCGAGGAGAUUUUAAAACAUGCAGAGAUGCUUUUCUGCAACAUUUGAUGCUUUUAAACCCACAUUCAGACCACAGGAAGUGUUUCUCUGAUAUCUCAAAAAGUGCCUGAGAAAAUAUAUCUGAACAUUUCACACAAAGUCGGACGCAAUGCGAUUCGUUUCACAAUCUACCUGUGGAUCGAGAGGCGGCCGUCACCAUCAGUGUUUCUAUCCUGUUUAUCUCCAGCCAUACUGUUUAGUUUUUUGUUUUGAUGAAGCAUAACUGAAAUGGAAGUAAAGAAAAAAGAAGAAGAAGCUGAUGUGCAAUUGUUUUGUUUCCAGAAGUCUUUUACAUGAUGUUUGGAGAAAUGUAAACACUUUUUCUGUACGUAUCAAUUUGGGAAUAAAGCAGAAAGCUGUUCCCGUUC